CUGAAAUCUUCACCGGGCCCACGAGACGCUGCAACAUGGUCGUGAAUGCGCUGUUGACCACGUUCUUGUGCACCGUGGCGCUUCCCAUUCUGCUCUUCCUGUUGGCCGUGAAGCUGUGGGAGAUUUACACGCUCCGAUGCAGAGACCCGACUUGCCCUUUCCCGCUGCCCCCCGGAUCCAUGGGCUUGCCUUUCAUUGGAGAGACGCUGCAACUCCUCCUCCAGAGGAAAACAUUUCUUCGGAUGAAGCGGGAGAAGUACGGUUACAUCUACCGCACACACCUCUUCGGGAACCGCACGGUGCGCGUGACUGGCGCGGAUAACGUCAAGCAGAUCCUCCUGGGGGAGCACAGGCUGGUGUCCGCGCAGUGGCCCGCUUCUGUUCGCGCGAUCCUGGGCACGGAGACGCUCUCCAACGUGCACGGAGCUCAGCACAAGACUAAAAAGAAAGUAAGUUACUUUGACCUUUCCGCAGAGGGAGCGCUGGCUACAGGGCGGGGUUUGCGUCAGGUUUGCGUCCAAACUCUGAACAAAUGGCUGGCACGUGACUCCUGCGUGUUGGUCUACCCAGAGAUGAAGCGGCUGAUGUUCCGCAUCGCCAUGAGGGUCCUGCUGGGCUUUGAGCCGGAGCAGGUUCAAACCGAUGAGCACGAGCUGGUGGAGGCUUUUGAGGAAAUGAUCAAGAACCUGUUCUCGCUGCCCAUCGAUGUGCCUUUCAGUGGACUGUACAGGGGUCUGAAAGCAAGGAACUUCAUCCACUCUAAGAUUGAGGAGAACAUCAAGAAGAAGGUGCAGGAGUCAGACCAGGAGUGGAAACCCAGAGACGCCCUGCAGCAGCUCAUAGACAGCAGCAACAAGAACAAAGAGCCCAUCAGCAUGCAGGCCAUCAAGCAGUCUGCCACAGAGCUGCUGUUUGGGGGGCAUGAAACCACAGCCAGCACAGCCACCUCUCUGGUCAUGUUCCUGGGUCUGAACCCCAAAGUGGUGGAUAAACUGAGACAGGAGCUCCAGGACGAGGUAAAGCUUGUUCACAGGGACUGUUUCUAG